GAAUUGCACUGCAGGCGGCUCGAGGUUCCCGUGUGCUUUCAUCCAGCGUUUCAGCAGCCCAGUCACGUCCAGGACAGCUGGGGUGCGAUCUCAGUGGGUGAAAGUGAGCUUACAGAGCUCCUGGGCCAUACAGACAUGAGGUGAUGAUGGCAGAGCCCAUCUUCCCUGGCUCUCUGAUGGGUCCUGAGGGAGAUUGCAGUGGAGUUCAGAAAUGCAUGAGCGCCUGGCGAUGAGGGAUUUGUAACGGAGCUGUGUACGGCUCCUGCCUGUACUCAUUACCUUGAGGGAAUUACACGUCAGAAGGUGUCUAAACAAGUGUCUCAGGACUUUUGAGCUUUAAGGUCUGUCUCCCUCUGCAGCUGAGCUCAGUGUGUGACCAUGAAUGCCAGUGGCCCUGGCUAUCCCUUAGCCUCUCUCUAUGUGGGAGACCUGCACCCAGAUGUGACUGAAGCCAUGCUCUACGAGAAGUUCUCCCCUGCUGGGCCCAUCAUGUCCAUCCGAGUGUGCCGGGACGUGGCCACGCGCCGCUCGCUGGGCUAUGCCUACAUCAACUUCCAGCAGCCUGUGGAUGCUGAGCGAGCCCUGGACACCAUGAACUUCGAGGUGAUCAAAGGCCGGCCCAUCCGCAUCAUGUGGUCCCAACGGGACCCCGGGCUCAGGAAAUCAGGGGUUGGAAACGUCUUCAUCAAGAACCUGGAUGACUCCAUUGACAACAAAGCCCUGUAUGACACAUUUUCUACCUUUGGAAACAUCCUGUCAUGCAAGGUGGUUUGUGAUGAAAAUGGAUCCCGUGGCUAUGGCUUUGUCCACUUUGAGACACAUGAGGCAGCAACUCGGGCCAUUGAGACCAUGAAUGGGAUGUUGCUCAAUGACAGGAAGGUGUUUGUUGGACACUUCAAAUCCCGCAAAGAGCGUGAGGCAGAGGUUGGGGCUAGGGCAAUAGAAUUCACCAAUGUCUACAUCAAAAACUUUGGGGAUGACAUGGAUGAUGACAGACUGCGGGAAUUAUUCUCCAAGUUUGGAAAGACCUUGAGUGUCAAGGUCAUGAUGGACAGCAGUGGCCGCUCAAAGGGCUUUGGAUUUGUCAACUUUGAGAAGCACGAAGAAGCCCAGAAGGCCGUGGCUGACAUGAACGGGAAGGAGAUCAACGGGCGGGUGCUGUACGUGGGGCGCGCCCAGAAGCGGCUGGAGCGCCAGAGCGAGCUCAAGAGGAAGUUUGAGCAGAUGAAGCAAGAGAGGGUGAACAGGUACCAGGGGGUCAACCUAUAUGUGAAGAACUUGGAUGAUGGGAUAGAUGACGAGAGGCUGAGGAAGGAGUUCUCCCCCUAUGGCACCAUCACCAGUGCCAAGGUGAUGACAGAGGGUGGCCGUAGCAAAGGGUUUGGGUUUGUAUGUUUUUCCUCGCCAGAGGAGGCGACCAAGGCCGUGACAGAAAUGAACGGGCGCAUUGUCAGCACAAAGCCUCUCUACGUGGCACUGGCUCAGAGGAAAGAGGAGCGGAAAGCAAUCCUCACCAACCAGUACAUGCAGAGAUUGGCCACCAUGAGGGCCCUGCCUGGCCCUCUCCUGGGCUCUUUCCAGACCCCCACAGGGUACUUCCUACCCCCCAUGCCUCAGCCACAAACCAGAGCUGCCUUCUACGGCCCCAGCCCUGUUGUCCCAGUCCGCCCUGCCACUCGCUGGAGUGCGCAGCCCUCCCGGCCUCCCUCAGUGUAUCCUGAAGCCACCCCCAUCCUGAGGGCCGCUGUGCCGCCCCGGCGCCUGCUGUCCAACGUCAGCACCACCAGACAGGCCUCCACACAGGUGCCCCGAGUGCCCCCCCAGGCCCAGAGAGUGGCCAACAUCGGGACACAGACAGUCAGCACCCGGAUGCCCUCCUCGACUGCCCUGCCACGGGGUGCCCAGCAGUACAAGUACUCCUCAUCUGCCAGGAACAUGCAGCCCAUGGGGCACAUGCCACCCGUGGUGGCCCCACAGGUGGGAGAACCUGCUGUGCACGUCCAGGGGCAGGAGCCACUGACAGCAUCCUUGCUUGCAGCAGCCCCUCCUCAGGAGCAGAAGCAAAUGAUUGGUGAACGCCUCUACCCUCUGAUCCACGUGAUGCAUCCCUCACUGGCUGGCAAGAUCACUGGGAUGCUGCUGGAGAUUGAUAACUCCGAGCUGCUGCUGCUCCUGGAGUCCCCAGAGUCCCUGCGCUCCAAGAUCGAGGAAGCAGUCAGUGUUCUCCAGGCUCACCAGAGCACCGAGACACCCCACAAGGGCACUGCUGGGGCGUUCCUGCCCUGACCCCAGACUAUGGGCUGAGAGCAAGCCCUGAGAAUGUUGCUGCUGAAGAACGGGAGCAGGAACCCCACCAUGCUGUUGGAAUCUUGCCCAUACAGUGACCCUGGCUUGUCUUCACAUGCCCCAUCCUAUUGUUUGUGUGUAUUGUAACCCCUGAGAAUUGCUUCCUCCUGCACCUGUAAAAAUCCUCACAAUAAAUCUCUUCUCACCACUGAAAGCACCUUGUGAAAUGUAGUGUGGAAUCCAGCCUGGGGCAGUUGCCCAGAAAAUGAUGAGUGCUGAUGAAUCAUCAUUUUACUGAAUUUAUUGGGUUCUGUAGUUUUAUUUGUUCAUGUAGCUGACACUAAUAAAGAACUGUUCCACCCCCACAAAUGGGUUCGUUCCCUUGGCAGGAAGACAGGCAAGACUUUGCUUCUCACAGGUGGAAGGAUGGACUCAGGCUGCAGUAAUUAGUGAUUGAAGUUUGUGGUGCUGGUGGGGUGUCAGUCUGGAGAGCUGACAGAAGGGACAUACAGCAUUACAUUAACAAAUUGCCAACCAACAGGCUCCUCUAAUCCUUUCUGAUUCCCUAGGAGGAUGGAUUUAAGCAAAACAGGAUGGAUUGCUGCUGUUCUCCUCUAGUAAUGAACCUUGUAGACCUGCAGUAAUGGCCUCGAGUGUCUCCUGCUGCUCACCACAGGGUCUGUGUGUCUGAGGUGCACAAGAUCAACCUUUUGAGGUGUUAUGGAGCAGCUGUAAAUCAAAAGCUGUGUUUCCAAUGCGUGUCUCUGGCCAGAGGUUCCCAGGAGUCACUGAAGAGCCUGCAAGCAUUCAUGACUGCAUUGUCCUGUGAGGUCACUUCUUGCUUGCAGGGGGACCUGCACCUGUCAACUGCUGUGUUGUGCUCCCUGUGUUGCUGUCGUCACCCUGGCCUUAAUGCUCUGCUCUUCCCAGUUGGGAAAGGAAUUUCAGUCCCUAGAGACUCCUCAGUGCUUGAGGCUGGUGAUGCACUGACCUCACUUGACCUCCCUGGAGCACACCUCCACCAGCACCACCCACCACCUUUCUGUGCAGCUUCUGCUGGUUUUGCUGUCUCAAUCUUCCUCCUGUGCUGUAUCAUACUCUCGCUUCAGCUCCCUGCUGAGUCACCCCUCCUACCUCUUGUUUUCCUUCCAGCAUUUUAAUAGAACCACUUACACAUUUUCUCCUGCAUGGUGUCUGCUCUGCU